UCAGCGUGUUCCUGCCUGCUGCUCGGCUGCAGUUAAUUUUAGCCAGGGUUUGUUCUAUGAGUUGUAAAACUGUUUACCCAAGUAGAAGUUAGUAAGCUGAAAUGUGACUUCUCGGCCUAAUGUGAUAGGAUAUCUAUUUUAGACUUCAGAUUGUGUUUAUGAUCCGGAGAGCAAACUUCUGAAGAAUUGUGGUUCAGAUUUCCUUUGAAACUACUUGAGGAGACAUCAAGCUUUCCCAGAUUGGGAGAAAAAAUAUGGAAUGUGUUUUACUGCUGACUGAACACAACCAAAUGAACUGUACUGACAGUAGUUUGAAAACCAGCAGUUAGCAGUUUGUUCAGACUCUAACACUGUCCAGCACUUUCCAGAGCAAACUCACUGUUUACAAGAACUCUCGGCCUUACGAAGUUUAUAACCUCAAGCUUUGUUUAUUUAAAAUAUUUCUGCGAAAGAAAAGUACCCGAAGCCUAUUUUCCAAAAUGGCCAUGGAUGAGUAUUUGUGGAUGGUCAUUUUGGGUUUUAUUAUAGCUUUCAUCUUGGCAUUUUCUGUUGGUGCAAAUGAUGUUGCCAAUUCAUUCGGUACCGCCGUGGGCUCUGGUGUGGUGACCUUGAAGCAGGCAUGCAUUUUGGCUUCAAUAUUUGAAACCACCGGCUCUGUGUUGUUGGGGGCCAAAGUAGGAGAGACUAUUCGAAAAGGUAUCAUUGACGUGAACCUAUACAACGAUACCGUAGAAAUACUUAUGGCUGGGGAAGUUAGCGCCAUGGUUGGUUCAGCUGUUUGGCAGCUGAUUGCAUCCUUCCUGAGACUUCCAAUCUCAGGAACUCAUUGCAUUGUUGGUUCAACCAUAGGAUUCUCACUUGUUGCAAUUGGUACAAAAGGUGUGCAGUGGAUGGAACUUGUCAAGAUUGUUGCCUCUUGGUUUAUAUCUCCACUGUUGUCUGGUUUCAUGUCUGGCGUGCUGUUUGUACUGAUCAGAAUGUUCAUCUUAAAAAAGGAGGACCCUGUUCCCAAUGGCCUCCGGGCACUUCCAGUGUUCUAUGCUGCUACUAUAGCAAUAAAUGUCUUUUCCAUCAUGUACACAGGAGCACCAGUGCUAGGUCUGGUUCUUCCCAUCUGGGCAAUAGCACUCAUUUCCUUUGGUGUUGCUCUACUCUUCGCUCUUUUUGUAUGGCUCUUUGUGUGUCCAUGGAUGCGGAGGAAAAUAGCAGGAAAAUUACAGAAAGAGGGUGCUUUAUCACGAGUAUCUGAGGAAAGUCUCAAUAAAGUCCAAGAAGCGGAGUCCCCUGUCUUCAAAGAGCUCCCAGGUGUCAAGGCAAAUGAUGACAGCACCGUCCCUCUAACAGGAUCAUCUGGGGAAGCAUCAGGGGCCUCAGAAGGCACAUCGUCUGGGAACCACCCACGCGCCUCCUAUGGAAGGGCCCUUUCCAUGACUCAUGGUUCUAUAAAAUCACCGAUCUCCAAUGGCACAUUUGGCUUUGAUGGCCACACGAGGAGUGACGGACAUGUGUAUCACACUGUACACAAAGACUCGGGGCUCUACAAAGACUUGCUGCACAAAAUUCACAUAGACAGGGGCCCUGAGGAGAAGCCCRCCCAGGAAAACAACUACAGGUUCCUGCGACGAAACAACAGUUACACAUGCUACACCGCAGCCAUUUGUGGGAUGCCAGUUCACUCCACUUUCAAAGCUACUGACUCGUCCUCUGCCCCAGAAGAUAGUGAGAAGCUGGUGGGUGACACUGUGUCCUAUUCUAAAAAGAGACUUCGCUAUGACAGCUACUCCAGCUAUUGCAAUGCAGUUGCAGAAGCUGAGAUCGAGGCAGAGGAGGGUGGUGUGGAAAUGAAACUAGCAUCUGAGCUGACAGAUCCUGGCCAGCCUCGAGAGGAUCCUGCAGAAGAAGAAAAGGAAGAGAAGGACACUGCUGAGGUCCAUCUCCUGUUCCAUUUUCUGCAAGUCCUCACUGCCUGUUUUGGGUCCUUUGCUCAUGGUGGCAAUGAUGUGAGUAAUGCCAUUGGGCCCCUGGUAGCUUUGUGGCUGAUUUAUGAACACGGUGGAGUGAUGCAAGAAGCAGCUACUCCUGUCUGGCUGCUGUUUUAUGGAGGAGUUGGAAUUUGUACAGGUCUCUGGGUUUGGGGAAGAAGAGUGAUCCAGACCAUGGGAAAAGACCUCACUCCAAUCACACCUUCCAGCGGCUUCACCAUUGAACUGGCCUCGGCAUUCACUGUGGUCAUCGCCUCCAACAUUGGGCUUCCUGUCAGCACCACACACUGCAAGGUGGGUUCCGUGGUGGCUGUGGGCUGGAUCCGCUCCCGAAAGGCCGUGGACUGGCGCCUCUUCCGUAAUAUCUUUGUGGCCUGGUUUGUGACUGUCCCAGUGGCUGGGUUAUUCAGUGCUGCUAUCAUGGCUCUUCUCAUAUAUGGGAUCCUUCCAUAUGUGUGAUUUGUCUUCUUCCAACCAGUAAACUAAAGGGAUAGUCUAGCAUGGGUAUGUGGAAGGUGUUCCCUCAUAUCUCUGUCUCUCUCUCUCUCCACCCCUCUCCCUCCCUCCCCCGCCCCGACACACACACACACACACACACACACACACACACAUCCCAACCACACACAGCUGUCUCCCAGCCAGCUCUCCACAUCCUUUUCAAAUGGUUCCAGACUACACACCUCACCCAGGCUGCAGAAAUUCAUCUUCCAGAGCUAACUUAACUACUGUACAUAGUAAUAUGUAUUAAACUGUUAUCGUGGUGAUAUAAUGUGGUGCAGUUACUUAUAUAUUAAAUAUAUAUUGUAUACAUAGAAUAGGUAGCAUUAUUUCAAACAUUCAAAAUGGGAGUGGAGGUUAUUGCCUAGAAUUCAAUAUUCAAUAAAUCUUGUACAUAAUGAUUUCUGUGGCAAAUGUUAAGGCUUUUUCAAAAGAAAGUAUAGAUUGGAAAAUCUUUUUUUGCCCCCCUCCAUGAUACUUUCUUCUUUAAUAUACUGUAAGAUAAAUGAGAUAUAAGAUACACAAUACAAACUUGGGCAGGUGUACAUAGGCCCACAUGUGAUUAAAUAAUACCAGGACAGAGUUCACAAGUGCUUUCACUGAAGUAUUUGUUCAUAUACUAUGUAUGGAUUAUUGUGUAAUAUAUCAUAAUUACUUUUGUAAAUACUUAAAACUGUAAUUUUUUAAUGGUGUGCUUCCCUUAUACUUUUUUGAUCAGAGAAUUUUGGARAGUACCAAAGAAGCAGGGGAAUAGUUUGCCAGUAUUAUUUUUUCACGUUGUUUGUACCCCCUCCUCAUUAACCUGGAUGUAGUAAGACCACCCAAGCUCUGACUUGUCCUAGAGCAUUGUGUGUGGUUGAGACACCAGCGCCCAUCCUGUUCAUAUCACUCUUGGAUUCCCCACCCCACCAGCACCACCACUGCUGCCACAUACCAGAUACUGGUCAGCCCUGCAGUGGCCUUUCRUUGUCACCAGCGUGGAGAAUGUACAGAUGUAAGGAUGUGUAACUAGACACUACACAUCAAUCCAGUUUAAAUUUCCAUCCCUGUUCUCCCC